GUCUCAGUUUUUGUCUGGAAUGGGUUUUAAUCCUAUAGUAUUGUUUUGUUGACAUUGAGAUGCAGUCUGCUGAACUGCGACUACAGUAAAUGAUCUGAAUAAUGAGUGUCUGUGUUCAAGUUUCUGAUUUAAAUCUUUUUACACACAAAAACACAACUUUUACUUUGAAACAGCGUGCAUUCCCUUAUAUAUCUGGUUGUUGAGUGUUGUCUCCUCCAGCAGGUGUCGCUGUGAGCGUCUAGGUGUCGUUCCUCCACACAUGUAGAGAAACAGAAGAAGACGUGCGGCAGUGUUGGUGAUUGAUGAUCUGAUCUCUCCGACUCUACUAAUCAUCUUUACAUUCCAAUAUUUCUGACAGGGUUUUACCCCCACACUUCCAUCUGAUCCGUUGUGGGGGGAUUUGAGCUGCUUAACUGCCUUCUGCUGGAAACAUCAAGGUGCCCCACAAUGUCAGUGUUAAAGUUAGAGGUGUGUGGUGUGAACAGGACAGUGGAGCGGACAGUCCCCUGAGAUGCCCCAGUGCUGCUCACCAUCAUUUCAGCAUCUUUUAACCUGAAAAAAUGUGGUCAGCUAGUCUGGAAUCCAGGAUAUCAGACAUGAAUUUUCCCGUCUUCUCCUGCUUUGGUAUUUCCUCCACAUCCUAAAUUCCUCUGCAAGAACAUCGAGAGAUUCAACCAGCAUGAAGUCAGACGAGAUUAAAGCUGAGACUCUGGAGCCCACAGAAAGCCCUAGUGUUCAGCAAAGCUCAUCUUUCCAAACGAACAUCUCUCACAGAGGAACGCCAGCGAAAGACUGCCCGCAGUGCGGAAAGAGUUUCGCCCACAUGAGCAGUCUGAGAGAGCACCAGCGCAUGCACACCGGGGAGAAGCCGUAUCAGUGCUCACAUUGUGGGAAAAGUUUCAGUCAGAGGAGCACUCUCAUUAAACACCGCCGGAUUCACACGGGAGAGAAACCGUAUCGCUGCUCGCAGUGUGGCACGAGUUUCAGUCAGAAGAGCCAUCUAAAGAAACACCAGCGCAUUCACACCGGAGAGAAGCUCUAUCAGUGCUCUGAAUGUGAGAAGAGUUUUAUUGAGAGCGGAAAUCUCAUAAAGCACCAGCGCGUCCACACCGGAGAGAAACCGUAUCACUGCUCACAGUGCGGGAAGAACUUCACCCGCCUGAGUAAUCUCCAGCGACACCAGCGCAUCCACAAGGGAGAGAAGCCGUAUCCGUGCCCGCAGUGUGGGAAGAGCUUCAUCGAGAAGAGUAAGCUCAUCAAACACCAGCGUGUCCACACCGGGGAGAAACCCUAUCAGUGUUUAAACUGUGGGAGGAGUUUUACGGAAAGGCGGACUCUCCAGCAGCACCUGCUCAUUCACGCGGGAGCUAAACCCUAUCAGUGCUCACAGUGCGGGAAGAGUUUUAGAGAAAAGACCGCUCUCCGUGUCCACCAACACAUCCACACCGGGCAGAAGCCAUACUACUGUCCUCAAUGUGGGAAAGGUUUCACUACCCACAGAAGUUUCCAGCAACAUGAACGCAUUCACACCGGGGAGAAACCGUAUCGGUGCUCGCUGUGUGGGAGGAGUUUUAAUAACCAGAGUAAUCUCCGAGAGCACAAGCGCGUUCACACGGGAGAGAAGCCCCACCCCUGUCCGGUGUGUGGGAAGAGUUUCCGUAAAAAGAGUUAUCUCAAACAACACCAGCGGAUUCACACUGGAGAAAAACCCUAUAACUGUUCACAGUGUGGGAAGAACUUCACCAGCCAGAGCCACCUCCAGAGACACCAGCGCAUCCACUCGGGGGAGAAGCCGUAUCAGUGCCCUCAGUGCAAGAAGAGGUUUAUAGAAAGCGGCGUUCUUAUAAAGCACCAGAGAAUCCACACUGGAGAGAAACCGUAUCGCUGCUCGCAGUGUGGGAGGAGUUUCACACAACGCAGUACCCUCCAUAAACACCAACUCAUCCACACUGGAGAUAAACCACAUCACUGCUCAGAGUGUGGCAAGAGCUUUAACCGAGAGGACAGUCUCCGUUUACACCGACGCAUCCACAAUGGAGAAAAGCCGUAUUACUGCUCGGAGUGUGGGAGGAGUUUUACACAGUGGAGUUCUCUCCAUAAACAUCAGCGCAUUCACACUGGAGAUAAACCCUUUCUGUGUUUAGAGUGCGGAAAGAGUUUUAAUCGAGAGGACAGUCUCCAGUUACACCAGCGCAUCCACUCGGGAGAGAAGCCGUAUUACUGCUCACAGUGCGGGAAGAGUUUUACCUGCCAGAGUCAUCUCCUAAAACACCAGCGCAUUCACACGGGAGAGAGACCGUAUCGGUGUCCACACUGUGAGAAGAGUUUUAUAGAGAGCGGAAAUCUUAUAAAGCACCAGAGAAUCCACACUGGGGAGAAACCGUAUCAGUGUCCAGACUGUGGGAAGAGUUUUACACAGAGGGGAAAUCUGCAGCAGCACCAGCGCAUUCACACCGGAGAGAAACCCUUUUACUGCCUUCAGUGUGGCCAGAGUUUCAGUACAAACCGAGGUUUUCAGCGACACAAGCACGGCGACGCCCCUGAGAACGAGGACAUGCUGCAGUUCCUCUAUGUGUGUGGUGUCCGGUCUUCCCUUGCGGUCCUCUUUCCUACACGUCUCACAUUUACCUCUGUGAGAACGACCAGAGGUCCAACUAGGAUGAAGUCAGACGAGUGUGAGAAUCGGGAAUCCACACAGAGCUCCGGCAGUCACCAAAGAACAUCCGACAGCUUUCAGAGCCAAAAGAAAAUUCACCACUGUUCACACUGCGGGAAGAGUUUCAGUCAAAAGAGCACUCUGAAACAACACCAGCGGAUUCACACUGGAGACAAUCCCUAUCAGUGCUCAGUGUGUAGGAAGAAUUUCUCUAGCCAGAGUAGCCUCCAGAGACACCGGCACAUUCACUCAGGAGAGAAGCCGCAUCGCUGCUCGCAGUGUGGGAAGAGUUUUAUCGAGAGCGGUGACCUCCUGAAACACCGGCGUGUUCACACCGGAGAGAGACCAUAUCCGUGUUCACACUGCGAGAAGAGUUUUACACAAAAGAGUAACCUCCGGAAACAUCUCCGCAUUCACACUGGAGAUAAACCCUACCGCUGCUCAGACUGUGGGAAGAGUUUCACUCAAGGAACCGACCUCAGAGUCCACCAGCGCAUUCACACGGGGGAGAAGCCAUAUCUCUGCCCGCAGUGCGGUAACCAUUUUAUCAGCCAGAGCUGUUUACUGCAGCACCAGCGCAUUCACACGGGGGAGAGACCGUAUCAGUGCUCGGAAUGCCAGAGGAAGUUCAGUGAGAGACGCAAUCUCAUGCAGCACCUUCAGAUUCACACAGGAGAGAAACCGUAUCAGUGUUCACACUGUGGGAUGAGUUUUAACAGACAGAGUAAUCUCCAGCAGCACUUACGCGUUCACACGGGGGAGAGACCAUAUCGGUGCUCGGAGUGUGGGAGGAGUUUUAAUCGAGAGGACGCUCUGCAGGAACACCGACACGUUCACACUGGACAGAAGCCGUAUUACUGUUCGGCCUGUGGCAAGAGCUUCACUAGGCACAGCAGUCUCCAGCAACACCAGCGCAUUCAUACUGGAGAGAGACCGUAUCAGUGCUCGCAGUGCGAGAAGAGCUUCACUACACACACAAACUUUAAGAGACACAAACACUGUAACUCUCCAAAUCUACAUGACAACAUGCUGCACUUGUUAUCAGGAAGUGUGGGAAUGGACAUGAGUGGCAUCCUGUCGUCUCCUGCCGUCCGCUUCCCUAUCAAUUAUAAAUUUACCUCCACAAGACCAUCAAAAGAUCCAACUAAGAUGAAGGCAGAAGGCAUUAAAUGUGAGGAUCUAGAACCUUCAGAGAGCUCCAGCAGUCAGGAAUGGUCAUUUGGUACAUUCCUCGAUAACACCUCACUCCGAUUUAUGCAAAAAGAGAUUCACCAGUGUCCACAGUGUGGGAAACAUUUCAGUCAAAAGAGUAAUCUCAAUCAACACCAGCGUAUCCACUCGGGAGAGAAGCCGUAUCAGUGCUCAGAGUGCGGGAAGAGCUUCAAUCAAAAGAGUAAUCUGAAACAACACGAGCGGAUCCACUCGGGCGAGAAGCCGUAUCGCUGCUCGGACUGCGGGAUGAGUUUCACACAGAGGAGUCAUCUCCAGCAGCACCAGCGCAUUCACACCGGAGAGAAACCCUAUCACUGCUUAGAGUGUGGGAAGAGUUUUAGUGACCAGAGUAAUCUCCAGCAGCACCAGCGCAUUCACACAGGAGAGAAGCCCUUUCAAUGCUCAGCCUGUGGAAUGAGUUUUACACAGAAGGGCAAUCUCCAGAAACACAUGCUCUUUCACACAGGAGAAAAACCCUUUCACUGCUUGGAAUGUGGCAGGAGCUUCACACAGGGAGCUGAUCUUCAAGAACACCAACACAUUCACACUGGGGAGAAGCCCUACUACUGCUCAGCCUGUGGGAAGAGCUUCACUAGACACAGCAGUUUCCAGCGACACCAGCACAUUCACACCGGAGAGAAGCCGUAUCACUGUACAGUGUGUGGGAAGGGUUUUACCAGGCAUACUAAUCUGCAGCGACACAAACUCCUUCACACAGCCGAGAUUCAGGACAUGCUGCACUUCACGGCAGAAAGUGUGGAGAUCAGCUAGGUCCAAAUGAGAAGAGUCUGCUGGAGAGUUCGGUGCAUUCCUCAUUCAUAUCAACACUAAGUAUCUAUAAAGUUCUAUACAGUUUGAGAAGUAAGAGUGUAGAACAACAGAAGAGUUUAGCAUUUUAAUACUAAUGGUGCUCAGUUUAGAGCCAAAAGUAUUGGAACACGCCUCCAGAUCAUUGAGUUCAGGGUUUGGGCUCCGCCCCUUAGUUCCAGUGAAAGGAACUCUUAAUGCUUCAGCUUCAUACCAAGACAUUCUGGACAAUUUCAUGCUCUUUGUGGGAACAGUUUGGGGAUGACCCCUUCCUGUUCCAACAUGACUGCACACCAGUGACCAAAGCAAGGUCCAUAAAGACUUGGAUGAGUGAGUUUGGUGUGGAGGAACUUGACUGUCCUGCACAGAGUCCUGACCUCAACCCCAUAGAACACCUUUGGGAUGAAUUAGAGUGGAGACUGUGAGACAGACCUUCUUCAUGUAAAGGCAGAUGUCCCAAAACUUUUGGUCUGACUCGCAGUCUCCACUCUAAUUCAUCCCAAAGGUGUUCUAUGGGGUUGAGGUCAGGACUCUGUGCAGGACAGUCAAGUUCCUCCACACCAAACUCACUGAAUGUCUUGGUAUGAAGCUGAAGCAUUAAGAGUUCCUUUCACUGGAACUAAGGGGCCGAGCUGAACCCCUGAAACACAACACCUGAGCGCAAUGAUUUUGGAGGGGUGGCAGUAUAGUGUAUUCCUAAUAUAGGACGAUUCUGAUGAGGCUGCCUGUAAAAUACCACCACAAGAGUUUUCCUGAGCUAAAACAUUUCAUUUUUUUGCAUGAAUCAUGGUCAUUUAAACAUGUUAAUCUUUGCCUGCUGCCCUCUGUGCAAUGUGUCUGUACAGUCCUCAGUUCUGAUGACCACACAUCCCGUACAGGUCUGAACUACUCGGUGUACGUCCAGAAUCAGGAUCAGAUCAGGAAGGUGAUGAAGGGUCUGAGGUGUCUCUUUAUUCAGACUGUUUUUACUGCUGUGUUUGUGAAAUGUUUCACAGUUUAUUAGAAAAAGUUUGAAGUUAGACAAUAACUUUUCCACUUUAAAAAAAAAAAAAUAUAUAUAUAUAUAUAUUAUUUAUAUUUAUUUGUUAAAAUACAGAUGUAAAGUAUAAUAUAUAAUAUACACUUCUGGCUUUUUCCAGUGUGGAUUAUUCUUUUCUUUUCCUUUAUCUUACCCAGUGUGAAUGAAUAUUCAUGUGAAUUGUUAAAGAAAUGUUGAGGUGUGUGUUGAGAGUUCCAUGCAGCUCUGAGACACUGCUGGACAUCCUGUACCUGCUCCAAGUGACCUGAAGGAGAAACACGAGCUCACAGUGUUCUAAUGAUUUGUCCUUGAGAGAGAGAGAGACAGACAGACUCAGAGAGAGAGAGAGACUCUGAGAGAGAAAAAGAGAAAGACUCUGAGAGAGAGACAGACAGAGACUCAGAGAGAGAGAAAAAGAGAGAGACUGAGAGAGAGAGAGAGAGAGAGACACAGAGACUCUGUGAGAGAGAGAGAGAGAGACAGACAGACAGACAGAGACUCUGUGAGAGAGAGAGAGAGAGAGAGACAGACAGAGACUCUGUGAGAGAGAGAGAGAGACAGACAGAGACUCUGUGAGAGAGAGAGAGAGACAGACAGAGACUCUGUGAGAGAGAGAAACUCUGAGAGAGACACGGAGAGUUAAACCCUGCUGCCUGAGAGGAUAAGUUUGAGAAUGUGUAUGAAGAGUGUGCGAGUGAGAGACACGAGACAGAUGGAAGCUCUUCACCGCUGCCAUUAACACAGUGCUUUAUUUUCUUUAUCCAGCCAAAGUUCUUCACAUGUAAAUUGUGUGCUACUAGAAACACUGAGUGCUGGAUCCAGAGUGAUGGAGGAUCAUGAAUAAAGAGGAAACAUCACUCAGA